CGCGCCUUAUAAGGCGAGGGGGCGUGGCCACCCCCGGACCCCGACUAGCGGCGGCCAUGGCGCGGCAGCACGCCAAGACCCUGUGGUAUGACCGGCCCAAAUACGUGUACAUGGAGUUCUGCGUGGAGGACAGCGUGGACGCCCGAGUCCUCAUUGAAGACUACCGAGUCGUAUUCAGCUGCAAGACCCCAGAGGGUGUGGAACUUUACAACGAAAUUCCCCUGUUUGCCAGAGUAAAUUCCAAGGACUCCCAGGACAAGCGCUCAGGCCGCUCCGUGACCUGCUUCGUGCGGAAGUGGAAGGAGAAAGUUGCCUGGCCUCGGCUCACCAAGGAAGACAACAAGCCUGUGUGGCUGUCUGUGGACUUCGACAACUGGAGAGACUGGGAAGGGGAGGAGGAAGGGGAGCUGGCCCAAGUGGAGCACUAUGCCGAGCUCCUGAAGAAGGUCAGUGUCAAAGGCCCAGCCCCUGCCAUGGAUGACUUGGAUCUGUCCACCACGGUGCUGUCCUGCCUGCCCGCCGAGCAGCAGCUGGAGCGGGGCGGCCAACGGGAGACGCUCACUGGCUUCCACGUGCUGCUGGCCGACACGGUGCUCUUCCCCGAGGGCGGCGGACAGCCGGACGACCGAGGAUUCAUCGAUGACAUCCCGGUGCUGAGGGUGAGCCGGCGGGGGCCGGAGGCCUGCCACUUCGUCCAGACGGCGCUGGAGCCCGGCCGCCCCGUCCUGCUGAGCCUCGACUGGGCGAGGAGGUUCGACCACAUGCAGCAGCACACCGGGCAGCACCUCAUCACCGCAGUGGCCGAUCUUCUCUUCGGGCUGAAGACAACCUCCUGGGAGCUGGGGCGGCAGCGGAGUGUGAUCGAGCUAGACGCUCCCGAGCUGACUCCAGUGCAGGUGGCCGCUAUCGAGCAGGAGGUGAACGAGAAGAUCCGGGCACGGGUGCCAGUGUCCGUGAAGGAGCUGGAGGCCACCGACCCCGAGGUGGAGAAGGUGCGGAGCCGGGGUUUGCCGGACGACCACGCGGGGCCGAUCAGGGUCGUCAGCAUCGAGGGGUUGGACUCCAACCUGUGCUGUGGCACCCACGUCUGCAACCUGGCCGAACUGCAGGUCGUCAAGCUCCUGGGUGUGGAGAAGGGGAAGAAGAACCGCACCAACUUGGUGUUCCUGGCCGGGGGCCGUGUACUGCAGGCCGUGGAGCGGAGCCACGGCCGAGAGAGAGCCCUCACCGGACGGCUCAAGUGUGGCCCCGAAGAGCACGUGGAGGCCGUGGAGAAGCUGCAGGCUUCGACCAAACUGUUGCAGAAGAACAACUUGACUCUGCUGAGGGAUUUGGCCGUCCUCACCGCCCAGAACUUCAAGAACUCCCCGACUCCCGCCCCCCUCUUCGUCCUGCACAGAAAAGAUGGAGACUCCGAGUUUAUGAACAUUGUCGCCAACGAGAUUGGGACUGAGAAGACGCUGCUGUUCCUGACGGUGGGCGAUGAGAAAGGGGCCGGCCUCUUCCUUCUGGCUGGGCCCCCCGAGGCCGUGGACACGCUAGGCCCCCGGACGGCCGAGCUGCUGGAGGGCCGAGGGGCCGGGAAGCGAGGCCGGUUCCAGGGCAAAGCCACAAAGCUGAGCCAGCGGGCGGAGGUGCUGACGCUGCUGCGGGACUUCUUGCGCGGCCAGGGGGCCGAGGAGUAGUUCUCCCUGCGCUCCAGCAGCCUCCAGCCACACCCCACCCCUGCAGCUCCUCUACCUGGGGCCUGGUGCUAAACCAGGUGAUGGGCCGGGGGUGGGGGCCGAGGGAAGUGGGGGGCGGUCUCCGUUUUCCUGAACCAUAAAGUGUUUA